ACUUCUUAUUAUUAAUAUCUUUGCCCGAGAGUUCCCCUUGUGGGUUGCAGGCUGUGGACUGUCUCUGGAAUUGAAGUCGGAAGGAGCCAUGGAAGGGGUAGCCUUCUCUACCACCACCUUCUUGAACACAACCCCAAAUCCCUCUGUUAAGCUUCCAGAAACACCACUCCACAUUUUCACUCUCUUCCCAGUAACCCUCAAGCUCAAUCCCAAGAACAACAGCAACACUCGUUCCUAUGCUUUCAACAGAGAUAAUCAUCUCUUCGCCCUUUCUUCUUCUUCUUCUUCUUCUGUUGAAUCUUUGUCAAUAAGGAGAAAUGCAACAUCAACUGCAUCCACGGCUUCCACUUUGACAACUUCAUCGUCGGUUAAAAAUCACCACUGGAUGGUGGUGAUGGAGCCUCCCCAGGAAGGGGUCAAUUCGAAACCUGAAAUCGUUGAUUACUUCGUUAAAACCUUGCAGAAUGUUUUGGGCAGUGAAAAAGAUGCCCAGAUGUCUAUAUAUCAUGCUUCUUCAGAUACCCAUUUUGGUUUCUGCUGUGAUAUUGAUGAAGAAAUUUCGCGUGAGCUAGCUGGUUUACCUGGAGUAUUAGCUGUUAGGCCAGACCCCAAUUAUGGCGCCAUGGAAAAAGACUAUAGGAAUUCGGAGGUCCAGUUAGGUUAUCUCUCAAACACGUCAACUAGAAGUGCUCUAUUAUUUCCUGCGGGGAACACCAAGCUUUGGCUUGUAAGCGUGGACAAGCCGGCACUUGCAGUUGUCACAAAACCGCAGAUAGUUGAUUAUUAUACUCAAGUACUUUCUAAGGUGAUGGGAAACGAGACAGAUGCCCAGAUGUGUAUAUAUCAUGUCUCCUGGCAAUCCAACUUUGGAUUUUGUUGUGAACUAGAUGAGGAAUGUGCACGAGAACUAGCUGGUGUGCCUGGUGUAUUAUCCGUUCGGCCCAUUGAAAAUUUUGAGCAUGCUAAUGAGGAUCGUGGAGGUGAGAAUUUGCCGCAGUUCAGCAACUCCCUGGACAGUUCAGCAUCAAAUGGAACAACGGACAUAAAAACAAAGAAGCUAUUUGUGACUGGUCUAUCAUUUUACACAUCGGAGAAGACUUUGCGCGCAGCCUUUGAGGGAUUCGGUGAGGUUGUUGAAGUUAAAAUUAUAAUGGACAAAAUUUCAAAAAGGUCCAAAGGCUAUGGCUUUGUUGAGUACACGACUGAGGCGGCCGCAGGUGUAGCCCUCAAAGAGAUGAACGGCAAGAUCAUCAAUGGCUGGAUGAUAACUGUUGAUGUUGCCAAGAGUAAGCCACCAAACUACAGUAGGAGCCGGGCCAGACCAGCUGUCUGAUGAGAGUUGCAGCACUGUCAAAAGCCCUCCCUACCAAGAAAUUCACGUAGCACAAGGACAGUUAUUAUUCUCAGGUUUGCUUGUUGCAGCAUGCUAGUACUUGUCUUGUGAAACGUCAGUGGCAGUUCUUGGAAUGUCAUAUCUUUGGUGUGUCACAAUUUAUCAAAGUAAUUUUAUUAAUAGACAAUUAUUUUUCAUGUCC